UUCACGCUGUAUGUGACAAAGCUUACCAAAAGCAUCUGUCAUCUUCAGCAGGGGAUGACAUUUGUAAGGUGUUCCUGUUUGGUCUGUCCUAUAUGGAUGAUUGUGACUUUUCUUCCAGACAUGUACCACCUCCUACAAAGUGUCUGGGAGUCACAAAAAUAUUCAUUCUUGUCAUAGCACAUCCAGUCGUGUCUGUGACAUGCGUGAAGGGACCGGACGGCUCUUUCCCAAAGCUCCUGCUCUGCAUUGCUGAGGGCUUUUACCCUGCUGCUCUGGAACAGGCCUGGAUCAGAGAUGGAGAAUAUAUCACUUACCUGAAUACUUCACACACACUCACAAACAGACAAUACCUGAACACCUCUGACAUCCACUGGAACUACAGUAUCAAUGCAGAUGGAUCCUACAGACUCAUGUCAUAUCUUCAGCUGCCGUCACACACACCUGAACACUCUGUUUACUGCUCGGUGAAUCACAUGUCCCUGAGUCAGCCUGUCACUGUUAACAUAUCUUCCAUUGCCUGCUUUGAAGGAGAUGUCUGGUGGAGAGAUGCAUUUAUAAUAGUUGCAGGCAUCAGCUGUGCAGUGACGAUUGCUUUUAUCCUUGCAGUCUGUUGUCACCAUCUCAGGUGGUCCUGCUCACGAUCUUCUAGAGGAGAUCUGCCCCCACAUGUGCCUACAUCCCCCUCUCAAAUGCAGAUCGAGUUGUACUCAACACUGGGGAACCAUCAGCCAGUUCCAUGCCAGUCCAGUACAAACCAUACUAGAACUCCCACUUUCUCACAACGAUGGACUCCUACCAAUCCAGCAUUUCAUAGUGCAUGACUGAUCAGCUGAUCUAAAGCAAAUCACAUCCGAGGUCAUCAUAUUCUACAUUCUACAGUAACUAGAGUUUAGUGGGCUUGUGUCUAGUGUAAACUUAGUAAAUGUAAAUUAUAUAUAUUCAAGAUGAGAUCUCGCCACUGGAUGUUUAACAUUUAUGUUCACUAGCCCACCUAAUUGCAAUAAACCAUGACAAGUUGUCAGUAAAAUCAAAUGCAUACAAAAUGUUGUGCAGUUCAUCAGUCAGUGUUUCUAAGUACUUGCCAGUCUCCAAUACGAGCAUGAUUAUUAAUCGAUGAAGGUGAAUUCUUGUCAAUGCCAGUCGUGACUAUUCCUAAUUCUUAAUUAAAGUAGGGUUCCAAGCACAGUGCUCAUAGUGCUUGGACCCCAAUAAAUUGAGGGGAUUCAAGUAAGAUAACGUACUUCAUAA